AUGAACCGUGCCUGCACUCGCCUUCUCCGUAACAAGCCUCCUUCUGCGCCUUUGAAAGUUCCAACCCGUCGCUAUUUCCACCCGGAAUCACGAUCGUUCCAGAACAGCGCCCACGGCACGCACCGAUUUAUCUAUAGGUGGACUAUUCAGGCGAUUGGCACUCCUUUCGCCGUAGCUUACUUCUGUGAGAAGAUCUCGGGGCGAAGUGAUGGCGAGAGCAGCUUCAAGCUCGAACUCUCCGACAUUGGUCCCGGACUGUUGACCAGCCGAUUCGGGUGA